GUCAACCGUGUUGGUUGUUUCAGCAAGGCUUCAGAAUGGCUGCUUCUCUCCCGGAUUCUAUGGGAAUUGAUUCAAAAAUGUGUUCGCCUGAUUUCUACCAAAAUGUUAUCGUAAUGAGACAUGGUGAACGGAUGGAUAACUUCGAACCCUUAUGGGCCUCCACUGCGACCCGACCAUGGGACCCACCCUUGUUUCGAGACGGCUGGGUUCGCGCGCUAGAAACGGGUCGGACCCUCAGGAAAACUCUCGGGUUUCCUAUCAAUCGGGUCUUUGUCUCCCCCUUCCUUCGCUGCGUUCAGACUGCUUCCCAAGUUGUUACUGCUCUCUGUGCUGUCCGUGACGACACCAGUACCCUCUCUAGCCAUGCCAUGCCCAUUGAUCCAUCCAAAGUCAAGGUAUCGGUUGAAUAUGGACUGUGUGAGAUGAUGAACAGUACAGGAAUCAGACCUGGGGUGGCUCCAAAAGAUGGAAAUUUUAGUAUGGAUAUAUCGAAGUGUGAAGCCUUGCUCCCUGCAGGAACAGUGGAUGAUAAAGCAGAAAGAUUGUAUCAAGAGUUGCCAAAGUGGGAGGAGCCUAUUUUGAGCACGAGGGCUAGAUAUGAGCAAGUAUUCAAGGACCUUGCAGAUAAAUAUCCUACUGAGAACUUGUUGCUCAUCACACAUGGGGAAGGAGUUCAAGUGGCUCUUUCUGCAUUCGAAAAAGAUGCACAAGUGACUAAAAUAGAGUACUGUGCUUAUGUGAAACUGAGGCGUCCUGUUUUCCAGAGAGACCACUCAUUUACUGCUGGAGAGUUCAAUGUGCUUAAUAUUUCUGGUCAAUCUGGCAUCACUUAUUCUCUUCCAAAUUCUUCCACCACUCACAUCGAUGAAGUUUGAUAAUGAUUCUCACUUGAAGUCUGAGAAUUUUAUAUUGCAAAUUUAGAAUCCUCCUAAGUGGAUGCUGUUUUGAAUUAAGAAGCCAAAACGAAAUGGCAUUCUUCAUUUUCCUUUUUUUUUUUUUUUAAUCCCCAUUCAUGUUUUGUGGCGUGUGUAAUUUUUCCCAUCGCAAGGACAUUGAAAUAAGUAAAUGGCUCCUAAUUCAGCAAAGUUUUUAUGGUCCUAUCAA